CACAGUACAUCUACGUUCGGUAGCAGCGUGGACGGGACAAAUAAGGGACAAACCACUGUAACUAAUAUCCCUACAAAGCUGCAGAACCACUUGACCGAAUCUGUGCCACCAACUUUUCUUCUCCGAGAAUCGACCUCUGAACCCUGACCUCCAAUCAUGGAUAUGCCAGGGGAGGAAUACAAGGACGGGAAAAUCAAGAUCUCCCGAAACGCUGCCAUCUUCAUCGCCUGUACCUUUGGCAGCUCACUCCUCUUGGUGGGGCUGCUGUGCGGUCUCCUACCUGCGGACGAUCCAUCAUGUAAUAUACAGGUGCCUGAACCCACAGAGCCCCCCAUUGAACCGGUAGAAACGACGAAACCCUUGAUGACGACGGAAAGAGCAGAGCCCACCCCGUCCCCUGGCCCUACAGGUGCCCCUCAACCUUGGGAUAGCCUGCGACUCCCCACCGACCUCAUACCCUCUCACUACGACAUCGAGCUCCGUAUCGACAUCGACGACCAGCAGAUGUUUGAGGGCAGCAUCAGCAUCAUCAUGGAGUGCAUACAGAGCACCGACCUCCUCCUCCUGCACAGUAAGGAGCUGGAUAUCCUGGAAGGUACGUGGUCGAUGACGUCGGUCGAUGACGGUGCCGACGUGCCUUUGAAAACAGAUCCGCUCCUGUUCCCGACCAACCAGUAUCUCAUCGUGGAACUUGCUGAGAUGCUUACUGCAGGAAAAACUUACGUUUUCACCAUCGGAUUCAAAGCACGGCUUGAAGAUGGCUUAGUGGGACUGUACCGGAGCUCGUAUCAAGCUAACGGGGAAACAAGGUAUCUAGCAACAACGUUCUUUGCCCCCACCGACGCCCGCAAAGCUUUCCCCUGCUUUGACGAGCCUGCCAUGAAGGUCACCUUCAAUCUGACCCUGGUCCAUCAAGAUGGCUACAUCGCCCUUGGCAACAUGCCCCUCCUUAGCAGCGAGCCGGCGCCCGAGGACGCAGGAUGGACGCAAUCUGUCUUUGACAAGAGUGUGCCGAUGUCUACCUAUCUGAUCUGUUUUGUGGUUUGUGACUUUGUUGAGAAGAACACCACUACCAAUAAUGGUGUUUUGCUAAGGGUAUGGGCACGAGAAGAUGCCAGGGAUUCCUUGGACUAUGCACUCGAGAAGGGCUCUCAAGUUUUGGACUUUUUUGACGGCUACUUUGGAACGAAGUUUCCGCUUCCUAAGAUGGAUAUGAUUGCCAUACCUGACUUUGCUGCCGGAGCGAUGGAGAACUGGGGUCUAAUCACGUACCGUGAGUCAGCCCUUCUCUACACCCCGGGUGUGUCCUCUUCCAGUAACAAGCAGAGAGUCUGCGCUAUCGUCGCUCAUGAACUCGCCCAUCAGUGGUUUGGUAACCUGGUGACUCUGGAAUGGUGGGAUGACACAUGGCUCAACGAGGGCUUCGCUUCCUACGUCGAGUACCUUGGAACUGAUGAUGCAGAACCGGAUUGGGGGAUGACUGAUCAGUUUGUUUCGGCGGAUCUCCAGACCGCCCUAGACGCAGAUGCUCUCAUCACCUCUCGACCCAUCAUCGUGGAUGUGGAGACACCCGAUGAUAUCAAUCAGCAGUUUGAUACCAUCUCCUAUAAUAAGGGUGCCUCUAUUCUCAGGAUGUUGCAGAACUUCUUGGGUGAGGAUACCUUCAGGAAAGGGCUAGCGAACUAUCUUGAUGAGUUUGCCUAUUCCAAUGCAAAGAACACAGAUCUAUGGAGAGUGUUGACUGCGGCUGCCGUGGAAGAUGGAAAAGAAGACAUCAAGGUGGAGGAAAUUAUGAGAACCUGGACUGAGCAGAUGAACUACCCCAGCAUCAACGUGACCCGUGAUUAUACCUCAGGGUUUACGCUCGGUCAGAACCGCUUCCUUAUCAACCCUGCGGCCAACACGACGACAGAUUAUGAUGAUUUAGGAUACAUUUGGUAUGUUCCUUUAAAGUACACCACUAAUGCUGCUCCAAACUUUACUGAUCCUACGCUGCAUUGGCUUGAACCAGGGAUGGAGCAAGUAUCGAUUGACUUUGAUGACGGCACGAUGUCUGAUGACUGGCUACUAGCCAACGUGAAUGCCUAUGGGUUCUACAGAGUGAACUACGAUGAGAAGAACUGGGACCUUAUCAGCAAACAACUCACAGAGGAUCACGAGGCUAUCCCAAUCUCCAGUCGCGCGGCUCUGAUCAGCGACGCCUUCAACCUUGCCGUGUCGGGUCAACUCAGCAUGGUCACGGCCUUUAACCUCACGUUCUACUUGGAGGACGAACAGGAUUAUGUUCCGUGGAGCGUGCUGAACCAGGUCUUGGGAUAUGUUGACCUCAUGCUCAGCAGGUCACAGGCAUACGGCUUGUUCUCGACAUACAUGAGGCGUCAGGUAGAACCCUUCUACAAUUACGUUGGAUGGAAUGAUACUGUUGGAUCCCAUCUUGAUCAGUCUGGUCGUGUGAUAGCCAUCAGUCUAGCCUGUGGGUAUGGCAAUGAAGACUGUGUGAAUACUGCUAUAGAGUACUAUGCAACAUGGAUGGCUGAUCCAGCUAACAAUCCGGUCCCUCCCAACCAGAAGUCUCGCGUGUACUGCACGGCCAUCUCUGCCGGGGGCCAAGAGGAAUGGAACUUUGCCUACCAGGAGUACCUCAGCACCUCCGUCGCCACGGAGAAGAACAUCCUCCUGGCUGCCAUGGGAUGCAGUCGGAUACCAUGGAUCCUUAACUCGUACCUAGAAUUGAGCAUCGCCCCCAAUGGAACGAUCAAGGCUCAGGACGCAGAGAAUGUGGCAGGAUACGUUGCCUCCAACACCAUCGGCUCCGACCUUGCCUGGGACUUCUUCCGGGUCAACUGGGACUUUUACAGAAAUGAAUACGGAAGCAGCGUAUUCCAGUUUUCUGAUCUGAUUGAAUCGGUGACGGCGAAUUUCAAUAGAGAGUUUCAGCUCCAAGAGCUCCUGGACUUUAUAGAGACCCACCCAGACCAAGGGACAGGAUCUAGAGCGUUUGCCCAAGCUGUGGACCAGACCAGGGCUAACAUCAGAUGGAUGGAGGACUACGAAGAAGAGGUCAUGGAAUGGUUGGAGUGGGCUGUUACUGCCUAACUCUAUGGGCCAUCACAGCCUAACUCUAAGGGUCAUCACAGCCUAACUCUAAGGGUCAUCACAGCAUAACUCCAAAGGCUAUCACAGUUUGAUUCUAUGGGCUGUCACAGCCUAACUCUAAGGGCUGUCAUAGCCUAACUCUAUGGGCCAUCGCAGCCUAACCCUGAGGGCUGUGUCAGCCUAACUCAUAGGCUGUCACAGCCCUUAGGAUGAACUUUCCUGCUAUCUACAAAGGAAAAAACAAACAUUGACAUUCCUAGUCCAAACACAUUAUUCUACAUUCAAAUUAUUUAUUGAGUUUGCUGCCAACACUAACAGUUAAAAAUUAUCUCUUGUG